UACUGGCCGUGUGUGUGUUUGUGGGUGGUGGGGGGUAUGAUUAUGCAUAAAAACAAACAACAAGUAGCUGCAGCAAAGCAUAUAGCGGUAAACAGUCACACACAUAAACGAGGUGUACGUACGAAAACAAGUUUCGACGCCGCUAAAAAACCGCACAAUUGGCCGCCAUGGAGUUCAUUAGCCAGUUCAUUCGACUAGCGAGCAGACGCCACACCAAACUCAGUCCAAUCCUGCAGAGAAGUCUGAGCGGAAUCGUCCGUAGAAAAUUUUCAAACGAUCGACAGGCACACAACAUCAUGGACACCACAAUUCACUCCGCGGGCAUCGCCGAGAUCCACCAAGUUCCGAUGAGCGUUAUUCAGAGACCUAUUCCCUCCGUUCUCGACGAGAAGAAGGUGGAGUCUCUGAUGGAAACCAUCAAGGGCGAGUCCAGCGAGGACGAGGUGCCCCCCAUUGACCUGCUGUGGAUCUCGGGCAGCGAGGGAGGCGACUACUACUUCAGCUUCGGCGGGUGCCACCGGUUCGAGGCCUACAAGCGACUCCAGCGGCAGACGAUCAAGGCGAAGCUGGUGAAGUCCACCCUGGGCGACUUGUAUCACUACAUGGGUUCCAGUGCACCCAAGUACCUAGCCUGAUCUUUGUACCAAGUCCAUUUGGUUUCUGAUUUGUGAAGCAAAUGCAUUUUUUGUUGAUGUUUUUUUAUAAUAAGAAAGUCGUUUUUUACUUAUCGCUGGAUAAAGUUCGAACUUGACGGCCAGGGCGAUAAUUUAGCUUUAUUUUUUGGCAAUCUUAAACUUUAUACUUAGCUUAUCGCUGGACUGAAAUUUUGUUUACCUUAUCUAAUACAAUACAAUUCUGACCACACACGGGCAAAACAAAAACAGGCUUAGAUGUUUGUUUUUAUUUUGCGUCUUUGAAACGUGCCUUAAAUAAACGUAUAAUGUUUUAAUGAUGCGAUCUUAA